AUUCCCACUGAAGCGGUUUUCCGAAAAUUAUGGUUAGUGAUGGAUGUUCUAAGAAAGCGACUGAAUGAAUUUAGAGAAGAAGAAGACGAUUUGAGAAGUAAAGUUUCAGACAUUGAAGAUCAAAUUAAGUUUGUGGUCGAUGCAACUCACAAGGUUAAUUCAGAACAGUAUGAACUUGCUACUAAAGAAAUGUUACUUAAGCAGAAGUGUCAAAUGCAAAAUGACAGACUAAAGGAUGCUCUUAACAGGCUCUCUGAUCACAGAGAUAGUCACGAUCAUCAUUCUAGGAAAUUGGAAAACUUGAAUAACAAGAAUUAUAGCCAGGACUCAAGAAUAGAUGAAUUGGAGGCAGAGCUGAUGCGAUUGCGGAACGAGUGCCUAGAAGUCCAGACUCGUGUUGACGAGACUGUAAUUCAUCUGAAACAUGUAGAAUUCGCCAAAGAAAAUGCUGAAAAACGAGCCAAUGCAACCGAGUCGAAAGUUCAAGACCUCGAAUCGCAAAGUACAUCCACAUUAGAGGCUUUGAGACGUGCUGAGCUAAGUGAUAUACAGUAUCUAUCAACAGAUGAUUUGGAAAUGAAGGAAAAAAGCUUACGGGAACAGUUGCAGAGGGUGAUUGAUCUCCAUAUAUCUGUGCUUACUGAACAAACAAUGGCCUGAUGUAACGCUUCCAAAAAUCUCCCUAAUCCACGAUUUUAACGUUUAUCUAAUCGAAUUCACGUCUGUUAUUAACAUUGGGAUAACAGCUCGUAUCGUUUUACUAACAAUUUGUGUUCAUGCAAUCGAUACAUAUGAGAAUUCCGAAAGAAACAUUCUUACACUCGAUCGACAAAUUAAAUCGCGUAAAGCUGAAUUAUUAAAACAACGAACUGAAAAUGAAAAACUAAAAAAAGAAAUGGAAUUAUUUUUCAAAGAGAUGCACGAUAUCUGAUGAUAGUAACAACAAUAAUCUCUCUCGCUAUUCACAUAUAUUAAGAUUGUUAUUAGUUUAUGUUGUUUUUUCAUGUAGUCCCUAAACACUGACAUCCUGUGUUAGCUUUCUUGAAAAAAAAGAAAGAUGAUUGUCUACGUCUGAAACACAGCAUUGAUCUAUUUUAAAAUCUGGUUCCUUGACGAUACAAUUGUCUGUCGGUAAGUUUACUUAAUGCUCAGUGUUUCUUUUCAACUUUCACAAAGCAAAAUGUAUUUUCUGGUAAUUUUCCACUUUAUCAAAGAAUACUACUUUACAUAAAACAAUCUUGUUCUCUAUGAGAGUAAUAAUAACAAUAACAACAGCAACCAUAACCUUUUUUACUUCUUUUUUACUCCUUAAGUGAUAUUCUUGUAGUUAUAAGUUAUUUUGUAAAACAUUCUUUCCAUAUUAUUAUGAUUAUCGUUAUUGACUUAUAAAAUUUUUUUUUCUUUCAAAUAAACAAACUUAAUACCUUUUGUUGUAAGAUUCAACUGUUUGAGUUCAUUCCUAUCUCUGUAUCUAAUUGGUCAUAUUUGCCAAAUGUAAAAUGAGAAUUUUGCACUAAGAGCAAUCUGUAGUCUUAAAUCCCAAAUUGAUAUAUAAUUUGAUUUUACAUUGCUAA